UUUGAAAGCCUAUUGAAAACUACUCUAUACGGAAUAUUAACUUGUGAAUAAAACUAAUAGUUUAAAGUUCAAUGAAAUACGCGUUUAUCAUGCAAAAUGUAAUAUUUCUGUUAAACAAAUUGAUAGAUUAUUUGAUAUUUUAUUUGCAUUGCGGAGCGGAUUGAAGUAAAAGUGUAUUCUGAGAUUAAGUGGACAAACUUUACAUUAAAGUGAUGUAAAAAUUGCUUAUCAACCAAAUGAUUCACCAGAAGUUGUUUUAGAUACAACUGUUUGUUCACGAUAUAAUUUUUUUUACUGUUUUCAGUAGAGUUGAGUGGAGUGGAGUUGUGUUCGUGCAGUUCAGUAGAGCUUUAUGAAGGUUAAGUUGAGUUGAGUGAAGUUGAGUUGAGUUAAGUUAAGUGAAGUUGAGCAGUGUUCGUUAAGUUCAGUUGAGUUAAGUGAAGGUUGAUUUGAGUUGAGUGAAGUUGAGUGAAGUUGAGCCGAGUUCGUUCACUUUAGUUGAGUUAAGUGAAGGUUAAGUUGAAUUGAGUGAAGUUGAGUUAAGUUGAGUUGAGUAGAGUUUAGUACAUGCAUGCAAUAUAAAGAGGCGUGUCGAACAAGUAUUUGUUAUUAAAAGAAAGCGAAAAAAUUGAUUGAAAGUGUGAUUUAUAAGUGAUGAACAAACAAUGAAAGUACGGUUAAGUGUCUAGUGUCCAAAACAACGCUGAUUCUGUUUCGUAUGUAUAUGAAUAGUUUUGCUGUGAACAAGGAUCGGCUUUAAAAAAAAUGUUAAAAAAGUGUUUAAUAUUGUGCUAAGGAACAGCAGGAGAUAUAAGGCUUAAGAAUAAAACCCCGUGGAGAAUAAAAAAAACACAAGAAAAUAAUCUCAAACUGUUUGAAGUGUUUGACGAAAAGAGAAAGUUUUAAGUGCAAUGAAUUUCACAAGUUGUAACAUAAAAUAGAUGAUAUUUGAAACAUAUUAAACGGUUGUUGAAUAAUCUGAAGAGGAUAUGUUUUGGUUUAAUGUUCUUCAUAUUGUGUUACAUGCGAACUAGUCGUAAAGAAAACUGUGUAAAUUAAAGUGUGAACAGUUCUUCAAUAAAGUUAAACAGCAACAAUUAAACCCGAAAAAUAUGGAGCGUUCCCGACGAUCCCCCUUCUACUCGUCGUCGGAAACGACGACGGAUGAGUUUAAGCAGAUGCAAAGAAGACAAAUGCUGAAAAAUACAUUCGCCGUCGUAAAAAUGCAAUAUACUCCUACACUUUACAGCUCUCUGUCAACCACGCGCGUACGACAGCGUCUGUGUGACCUGAUGGGAACUGACGUCAUCAGACUGAACGACAAACGAUACUUUCAGAAGCUUUCCGAAAAACUGCAAGACGAAUAUGAGACGGUCAUGGACAAGCAGGAAGAUGCCCGCGCCGCCUCUGAGCACGAGCGCAUCCGGCGGCUGAUGCUGGAGGGCGUUAUUGACGCUCCCAACGAUCAUCGCGCCAUCGUGUAUGGCGACCACAAUAAACGGCACGGAAAAAAGAAACGAAAGAAAGGAAAACGGCAGUCCUCGGCCUCGGGUCACUCAUCAGCCACCCAGUCCCGACUGUCCGACGACGAGGGGAUCUACAAAUCCAGGAAAGAGGAAGUGGAGACUCAGGUUGGCCUCCAAAGUAGUUCCCGGCCUAGCUCCACCAAAUCCUCUCUCCGGGGCCGCACCCCUGACUCCCGAUCACAAGGCAAGAGGGUCAACAUUGAGGAGAAAGAGAACGAGGUGUAUUCAACUUCAAACGAGUUGCAUGCACGCCCUCCGCAUCACGAGAACGCUUUACGGAGCCCCGAUCCAACUUCCGAUAUGAAGCGUGGUUCCCGGCGGGUGAAAUCCGCCGCUCCCCGCAUCAACCGCUGGGAGAAAGAUUCUGUGUCGUCAGAUCACACGGAUGAUGACGUCACAUCUCAAGAUGGAUUCGAUACUCAGAGCCUUCCGGAUGCAACGAGCAUGCGCAAAGGGUCAAAAUUUUCCCGCCAAGAGCCAGAGAGGGUUUCGAAACUACGCACCGAGGAGACUGUGGCCGGACUAUAUUCCAUCGCGGAAGAAAUCGUGUCACCAGUGAGAGCGGAAGAUCAAAAAUACGAACGAAAAGUAGUUCCUGUGAAAAAGAAAAUGACUGUUUCGUGCUCAUAACUCGUUUCGCCUAAUUGUAUACUCACCGCUUAUUUAACUGCUUAACUUAUGUAUUAACCGUGUUAAUUAUAAUUAUUGUUUUAAUAUUAAGAAAAAUAAGUUGUACUGAAACUGUGAAGUGUUUUUGUUUGUUCUUACCAGUGUUGCCAUUGAACUGACCUAACUUGUUUUUGUCUCGUUUGGCUGACGAACGUCUUUUUAAAGGGACUCGUUCACGAUUCAAAGGUGAUGGCAUUGUUCUGACCUAAUUCGUAUUUGUCUCGUUCAGGUGAUGCUAGUCUUUUUAAAGGGA